UUGGCUCAGUCACGGAAACCGGGCACGCCCGUAAAAGGACUGGAGGAAAAACUGCCUCCACGAUGGACAUGGGAACACUAUGCCAGCGGGCUGCUGCGCGACACCGAGUUAUACAUCGGGAAGAAGCCAGAGCUGAAAGUGCAGCCGCGAGAUAUCAAACUCUCCGUCGCCAUGGUAACCAUUACUUUUUGA